CAGGAAGCAUCCCAGUAGGUAGGCAGCUCUAACGCUCGCCUGCUCGUUGAUUCACCGGCCUUCGUUUCCAGUUGGUCCUUCAAGCCGCUCGGCCUUAUUGAAUUUUGUUCCUUCUCCAUCUCCCCGAACUCACUUUUACUUUUAGGCUCUUUCCCAACCAACAACACGCCCACCCAUACAUACUCACCCGCAUACUCUCCUCCCCUCCCCCGUUUUUGAUGGUGGUGGUGAUGGUGGUGGUGGAGUUAGAGGUGGUAGUGGUGGGUUUCCUUCCUACUUCCUUCGGUCUUCGUCAAUUCGAAUCCACGGAUGGAAGGAAGGUCGGUUUUCUUCGGGCGGAGCUGAAUAAAGAGCCUGCGCUUGUAUAGUUCGAAAGAGAAAGAGAGAGAGAGAGCAACACUAAAGAAGAGAAGGAGACGAAGGCCGAACAGAAGAGCGAGAGAAGAAACGAGUGAGUGAGUGAGUGAGUGAGUCUGUACGUUUUGACGAAGAACUAGAACUAGCGGUGGAAGUAGUCGUCGUAAUGGUUGUGGUCCAAGAGGAGCUUGAAGACAGCGGCAUUUCUAUCAUCAGCAGCAACAUCACACACCAAAGCACAGACCUCCCCGCACACACCAAGACAAUUGAGUGGCCUUCUCGACUCCCGAGUGCUUACAAUCAUCUCACCACCCCGCACCCAAUCUGCUAGACGUCUUUAAUUUGAGCAUACCCUCGUUUAGGAGUUUUGCGUUUUUGUUGUCAUCGUCUCAUCCUUUUGUGUGUUUGUACCCAACGGAACCGUCGAUUGAUUCCCCCCGACUCUUCCGUCAAGUUCGCUGACAAUACAGGUGCUAACCCCUUCAAGUCAAUGCUCGAUCCGGGGCACAUGGGAACAAGUUGGGGACGACAGGCCUAAUCAGACUCGGGAAUCAUUAGUGUUCCUGAUUCCAUUACCAAGAACGCUGCGGUGUUUGCAUGCGGGUGCUAGUGCUCCAAGACCGAAUUGCCCAGUCCCACGGGCUUCGUUCCCGACGUCGCACUCGUCGUCGUGGUCGCUGUCCGUGCUCCUUGGUUCCAAGUCAACAUCUCUCGUCAAGUUUGACGCCAUUCGCUAAAUUUUGAAACGCUCCAUGGAGGAGGAGGAAAGAGUGAAAAGUUGCCAUUCCUUUUGAUUCUGUGACGUGAUUCAAAUCUGACGACCAAGGUCUUCACGCCAAGCUCACCCGGAGUAGGUCGUGGGGCGAUAGGUUGACAUCGAAGCAAUGGGUCUGCUUUUGAAAUCGGAGGCUUGAUUUGACCAGCCGAUUGCAGAGGCGCGACCUGUACAGCGAUUGAUCUCUUAGGAAUGAUUGACUUCACGACAAGUGAAUGAUAGUUUUGCGUAUUUACUCCAAUACUCCGAACUGGUUCUGACUGGCAGAAGCAACGCAAUCAAAAAAAAAGCUCUUGGCUGUGAUAGUUCCAUUGGGUGUGAAUACUCCGGAACCACGUGAACAACAGCGAUAACACGUGUAUUAUUAUGUGAAGACACACAAGAAUUGCUCAAAUUCCAUGACGAAAUGGAUGCUUUAAAGGUGAAGGAUAUCGUCUGUGCAACAACUGCCACGCUAUCCGAUGAUCUUGAAGGUCUCGGUUGUCAUCCUUCAUCAAGGACACUCAGACGCAAUCUCCCUCUGACCCUCUCCACGUGGUUGUGGUCAACUCCUCUAAUUGAAGAGUGAUGUUCUGGACGAUUGACGUGUUCUUGCCAGUGAUGAACACUAUUUGUCCACAAGAUUAUUGGUCUUGAUCAAGCCUUCUACACCUCUUGCCCCGAGGAGGGGAAUCCCAAGACAGGAAGGAUGAGCACCUUCGGCAUACAGAGGCGUUGUCAGGAUGUGGUCAUUGCUAAAAUGACACUACUCAUCGCCAUUUUGACCAUAUUCUUUGGUCAAACCUUCAAGCUAAAUGUCUUCGUUGAAGGCCAACAGUCCAGCUUCGCAGAUGUCAACAUAUCCGCCCUUUUAAAUUCCUUUCAAGAGGGUUACGACAAACGAGUACGACCAAACUAUGGGGGCGAACCAGUGACAGUGGGAGUGACAAUGUAUGUCUUAUCCAUCAGCUCUGUCUCCGAAGUCAUGAUGGAUUUCACCUUGGACAUGUACUUUCGGCAGUUCUGGCAAGACCCACGCCUCUCCUUCGAAGGCCAAAAGGGACUCAAAAAGCUGGUGGUUGGGGCUCAGUACAUUGAAAAGAUCUGGGUCCCGGACACCUUCUUUGUUAAUGAGAAAACGGCUUAUUUUCACAAGGCCACCACCGAGAACCAGUUUCUUCGGAUUUUGAACACGGGCGAGAUUUUACGAAGCAUUAGAUUAACAAUUACAGCUUCCUGUCCAAUGGAUCUCCAGUACUUUCCGAUGGACCGACAGUUGUGCUAUAUAGAAAUCGAAAGUUUUGGUUAUACCAUGAGUGAUAUUAGAUACAAGUGGAAUGAUGGGCUGAAUUCGGUCCAGAUUUCCGCCGAUGUUUCGCUUCCACAAUUCAAAGUGCUAGGUCACAGGCAAAAGACCAUUGAAGCCAGCCUUUCCACAGGAAACUAUUCGCGGUUAGCUUGCGAGAUCCAGUUUGUGCGCUCCAUGGGCUACUACCUGAUCCAGAUCUACAUCCCCUCCAGUCUGAUCGUCAUCAUCUCUUGGGUAUCGUUCUGGUUGAAUCGUGGUGCCACGCCUGCUCGAGUGGGUCUGGGUGUGACCACUGUGUUGACCAUGACCACGCUCAUGGCAUCAACUAAUGCCGCGCUGCCAAAGAUCUCCUAUGUGAAAUCCAUCGACGUGUACCUGGGAGCCUGCUUCUUCAUGGUGUUCGCCUCUCUACUGGAAUACGCCAGUGUGGGCUACAUGGCCAAGCGAAUUCAAAUGAGGAAAAAUCGUUUCUUACAGAGAUGGCGUAUGUGUGAAGUAACCAGGAAUGGCAUGCUGGCUUCCGCUUUUGUAGAACGCAAGAAACCACCGGAACACCUACCAAACCUCUGCAGUGAGAGGAGGGUUGUUUUUGCCAAACAGACAUUGGACUCGGGAUACGCACCAAAAAAAAUCCCUGAGCCCUACCAAGGUGCCCUUUUGGUAGCCCCGUGCUAUAUGGAAAUACGCCUGAACAUGCAUGAUAUGAACAAGUCCAAUUUUUCUGCCGCUGCCUCAUCUUCAGUCCGGCUCAACAAGAGUGGCAUCCCACUCUCCAGCACGUCCGGGUCGCUCCAUCACCCCAUGAGCCCCCUCUCCACUUCCCAACAACAUGUCCUUCAUCAUCACGUGGGAGCCCAAUCACCACAACGCAUGUAUCACAACCAUCAGCAUCAGUCGCAGCCAGCUCCUCACCCACAAAGCUAUCACUCCUUGGGGCGAUCGUCGGAGCAACGGGAAGAAUACGUGGGCCAUCAUAAUCGAAGUCAGAGUGUCAACAAUUCCCCGUACUUGCCUCACCCUUCGACCUCUUCCCAACCUUCCCGACAUCACCCGCACUCCGAGAACUAUCGGAACCAUGAGGAUAGAGGCGGUGGAGGUUACGCCCGACCAGGUCAGUCUGGUCAGCCACAUUUCGUACCUCAGAUGCCUCCCAACGGUAAUGCCUUGGCCAAUGCGACCCACCAGCAACUGGAGUGCAAGAAGAACUUACAGAAAAUGAUGGGCAUAUCGCCUUCGGACAUUGACAAGUACUCUCGGAUCUUCUUCCCCAUCUCAUUCAUCUCCUUUAACCUGAUGUAUUGGAUUAUCUACCUUCACGUGAGUGACGAGAUCGCCGAGGAUCUUGUCAUGCUUCAUCCGGACGAGUGAUUGGAAGUGGCUCGCCGUGGGACCAAGAACGACCAUGUGGACAAUAAUUGUCUGAACAAGCCCUACAUACGCCUAAUGCAUGUCCCUUCCGUUACUUCUCUAAGAUGUUGAACUAAUCGACUACCGUCAACACAGAUGCAUGUGCCAUAAAUUUCAAUUGUUAUUAUGGGUGAA